AUGAUCACAUUUCUUGGGCUUCUGUUCGAUUUUCCACCCAUCAUUGAGCGCAUGAUUCAUGCCUACAAUCUGAGCGUGUCUGGUUUCGAGGAGGUGGAUGAAGAAAUGGAGAAUGUCCCGAGUAUCGCAAGUCUUCCAAACAGAAUCCUCAAGGAAGCCGCAGCUGCAUUUGGGAGCAUCAAGGUAUUCAACUCCUUACUGACUCGCUGUCCCCUUUCACUUCCACAUCCAGGAGCACGUGGGUUUAAUCUUGCGUUCUACCUUGCUCAUUUCACUUUCCAGCCGGAAAUUCUCAAGGUCUUUCUGGAUCUGGGCUUCAAGCCUAAUCUUUUCCCCUAUAUGUUUGACGAUCCGCCAGACUGGGUCGUUUUGGUUGGGCCGCGCGAAUCAAGCAUAAUAAUCCGUCCUCUCGAGUCUAUCUCUACGCCGCGGGUCUUGGCUACCAUUAGGCUUCUGAUCGACUACGGGGCCGAUGUGAAUCAGUUGAGCAGCAGCGGUACCACCGCGCUUUGGUCUGCCGUGGCUAUGUAUGAAUCCCAGGAGAUUUUCGAAGACCUUCUUCGGCACGGCGCCGAUCCCCUUGCUGGAAGUGAUCCUUCUUUGACGGCGCUCCAUAGCGCUAUCACUUCCAGAGAUUUCAACUUAGUUCGGCUUUUUCUCGAAGCUUUGAGCUUAAGGGGACGUCCUCUGGAGCAUGCAAGCUUCUUCCUCGAUGCGGCGCGAGUGGAAUGCGAGGAUAACGAUGACAUUUGUGGAGCGCGUAUCAGUGCCGCGGCUUCGGUCUUGAGGGUGCCAACUCAUUACCACUGGCGUCAGAUUUAUCCAGUGCCGGCGGACCCCCCAAGCGAAAACUGA